UUGGCGGUAGAACGAGACCGAAGGGGAAUAAUUCACGUAUUCGUUUCCAGCGGAAAUAAUUUCAUGUGCUUUUAGAUUAGAACCAAAAUACCGAUCUAAAAUUAAUUCAAUAAACCUUGUUAAUAAUAAAAGGUUUUUGUAUAUAGAAAAAGAAUCAAAGAUGUCCUACUACGGAGGAUAUGGUGAUGGCUAUGGUGGUUAUGGAAGUUAUGAUGGAGGUUAUGGAAGAUAUGGAGGUGGGGGUGGCAGCGGAGGUGGAUACGGAGGAGGCAGUGGUGGUGGCUAUGGAGGAGGUGGCUAUGGCGGAGGCAGGGACAGAGACAGAGACAGAGAUAAUAACAGAAAUAGAAGGGACAAUGAUAGAUAUGGUGGUGGUGGUGGUGGAGGAGGUGGUGGAAGACGUGAUAACAACGGCGGAGGGAGAGGUGGAAGAGGUGGAGGUGGGAAAUAUGGAGGUGGUGGCGGGCGAGGAAACCGGGGUAGAGGUGGCAAAAGAGAAUACAGCGGAGGAGACAGAGAUUAUGGGAACAAACGUUUCAGGGAAGAGGAAGAUAACUGGCUUGAAUCUGAUCGUCAUGGACUUAUGCAAUCACUCUUCAUGGAGUCACCACCAGAGAAGUUUGAAGAAGAAUGGUUGUUUAUUGUGUGUCCACCUGGAAAACGCAGGGUAUUAGUAGCAGCUAAUGACAUCACACAGUCAUAUAAUAAUGCAGGAGCUGUAGACUUAAAGUUCAAGUCCUGUCUACCCAGUGGGAGUGAGCUUUUUACUGAGGUUCACAAAUAUGAUGAUAUAACCAUCCUAGACACAGUGUAUAGCCCUGAAAAAAAGCGCUUCUAUGUUGUUGAUUUGCUUCACUGGAAACAUUAUCCUUAUUAUGAUACUGAGGCAAAAUUCAGGUUCUUUUGUUUGCCAGAUAAAUUUUCACAGUUAAAGGAACCAUCAGUUGUUACAGAAAACAAUGAAUAUCCACUUGAGUUACUGCCAAAGCUUCCAUAUUCACGGUCCAACUUGGAAACUGCAUUAAAAUCUACAGAACACAAGAUUGAAGGUCUACUGUUUAUUAACAAGUUCUCCACAUAUAUCUGCAAAGAUUCAUCAAAUUGUCUGUGGUUGAAGCUGGAUCAGAUGGAGAAAAUUCUGGGCAUUCCUGUACCAGAAGGUAUUAAUUAUGCCACAACCAACACUAGGGAUGAGAAUAAGAAAGCAGAGCAGGAAGAGAGGAAGAAGCUCCGAGCUCAUAGAGAGGCAGCCAGGGAAAGACAGGAAGAAGAGAGCAGGAAGCUAGCAGAAGCUGAACAAGCUGCAGAGGGAGAUAAGUCUGGUGAGGAAAAAGAAGGGGGGGAAGCCAAAGAAGAGUAUGAUGAGGGAGGGGGCGACGCUGAGCAGGAUCAAGAGUAGAGCUUGUUGUUGUUAAGUUUUUGUUUACAUUUGUAUGAUUUUGAAUGUAAAAUUCUUCAUUCAUCAGUCUCAUUUCAAUCAUAUUUACAUAAAUGGGAGGUAAUUCUGUAUGUAUUGAAAAGAUUUUUACUUGUUAACAUAAUUUGGAGAUUUUAGAUGUCAGUCGGGUUUUAUUAGUGUACAUAAUGGAAAGAUCAGAAGGAAUUCAUUCUGCUUGUCCUUUUUUUAUUUUAUUGGAAUGCAUAGAUUGUUCCACUUUGUUGUAAUUAAUAAAUGUUGAUAUAAAGUUG